AUAAAACGCAAAUAUCUCUACAUCCUGGGUCGGACGAGGAGAUGGCAUCCGCCGGAGCCGCAUCCGCCGAGAAGCGCUACUUCUGCCACCAGUGCAACCGGACCUUCACCGCCGCAGCCGCCGGUGGUGGCCUGUCAUGCGCCCAUUGCCACGGCGAUUUCGUCGAGGAAUUCGACCUCUCUGGCCCUGAUCCUAACCCUAACCCUAACCCCGAACCCGACCCCGAUCGUGACCUCCACUUCUCAUUCGACGAUGCGGAUGCCUUCUCCGCCAUCCCUUCCCUCCUCUCCGCCCUCAUCGACCUCGCCGCACCCGGUGGCGAUCGCGCUCUCGAGAGCCCGCCCGCCGAGCCCGGUGCUGAGCCGAUGAGCCCCGUCGCCGCCCUUCGUGAACUCAUCCAGACCCUCUCCCUCGGCGGUGCCUCCGGUGCCGGCGGCGGCGGGCAUCGCUUGGUCGGGAACAUCGGUGACUACCACGUCGGCCCCGGGCUCGAGCAGCUGAUCCAGCAAUUGGCCGAGAACGAUCCCAACCGGUACGGCACUCCGCCGGCGUCGAAAGCCGCCGUGGAGAUCCUUCCGGAUGUAGAGGUCGGGGAGGAGUUGUUGGCUUCCGAUGAUGCUCAGUGCUUGGUUUGCAUGGAUCCCUUCGAGAUUGGAACCGUGGCAAAGCAGAUGCCUUGCAGUCACAUCUACCACAAGCAGUGCAUCCUCCGAUGGCUCGAUCUCCACAACUCGUGCCCUGUUUGUCGAUAUGAGCUGCCGACAGACGAUCCUGAAUAUGAGCAUUACAAGGCCCCUCGAGCCAAUGUAGUGAAUCCAGGUGGUGCUUCUGCCGCCGGAGCUGUCACUGGAGAACAUGAAGGGAAUUCGUCAACUCCAACUGCAGAGAGUUCUGACAUUCAUGGCGAUCCUGCAUCGCACGGACUCUGAAGGUACUCGAAAGAGGAGCUGCUGCUAAGAUCAUGUAUCAGUAUCGAGUGUUGACGGAGUCAUACCUGGAAAAGAAAUCUAUUGAAUUUCCGGGUUAGAUCACAGUGUUUGGAGUGUACUUUUUCUGAAUCCGUGCCUUCCCCUACCUGCAUUUAUACUUGUGUUUCAUUCCUCUGUUCGUUGUCAAUGGAUUCUCUUUUGUAUGAUAUAUAUAUAAACAAUUAUUGGCAUUAUUUUCACA